AUGGGAAAGAAAGCAUGGGCAAAGAAAAUCAAACCCACUUCAACCUGCAGGGAAGAAACUCCAGAAUCACCACCGCCGCGGGAAGGACGGCUGUCGAGCCCACAACCAGAACCGCAACUACAGGAGUCGACUCCUCAGGCGCCAACAAUGGUCUCCUUGGAUGCAAUGGCGGAAUUCCUUCGACAGCAGGACCCUAAUAGAGAUUGGGUGGCGGCGCUGGCCGGUUUUAGUCAAAUCGGGGGAAAAUGGAGUAUGACCGGAGAAACCCCAUCUAAACCGAUUGUGCAAUCCACGGUACAACCACCCAGUUCCAUUCCGACUUCCUCCGAAAUUCCACUAGGAAGAGAAUCUCCCUUAAUUAUCGCACCGCCUGAGUCUGCGGAACCCUCCCAAACUCCACAACAGAGUGAUUCGAUGGAGGUUGACCCCAUCUCCGCCCAUUACGAUUCCGAUGCAGAAGAACGUGAAGCGAGAAGAAGAGAGGAGGAAAAGGGCCAGAAGGGAAGCGAUGAACCAGAGAAAACGCCAACAGCGGAACCCAUUCCUCAAGAAGCAGCAAGGGAAGAGAUAGAUUUGAAUGAGACGGCCAAGAAACAAGGCUUAAUGACUGAUGACGAAUUUCAGGACCUCAUUUCUAGGGCAGUAGGAGAGAAAGAGCCAGAGUUAGAAACUCCCCAGACAGAGGUGGGGGAGAGUGAUGAGCAUAUUGAGGAAGAGUCAGUACCAAGAGCGGAGGUACCAGAACCAGUAGCACCUCCGGUGACGAAACCAAAGGCAGUCAAGAGGAAGUUGGUGUUGAAGCGCUAUCCGAGGGCAGAGAGGCCGAAGUCAGAGAGGGAACCCGAAGAAGAGAAAGACGAGGAUGACGGAGAGGAAGCUAGUUAUCAGGAAGAAAGGAAGCGAAAAGGGAAAGGUCUUAUGAAGAAGAAACCCAGUGUCAAGAGGCAGCGCACAACAAAUACAGGCGUAGUCAUAACUGAAGCCGUUCAGAGAACCCCACCAAGCCGCAGGGAACAGAGUGAUAGCGAAUACGCUAUCAGUCAAGAGUCGGACUCAGAUAGCGACAUAUCCUUGGAGAAUGAGGAGUGUAGUGAGCAACAACUCCCGCGCGAUCAUCGGGAGCUAGUGCACCCCCCGGUAGAGAGAAACUACAAAAGGUCUGGUGGAGGAAAUGAAGUUAUUCGACUCUAA